AUGAAAUUUAGAUGUAGAAUGGUGGAUGUAACUGCAAUGAGAGACUUUACCAAUAUUGUUAACACUAUCUCUCGAAUAACAAAACAAUGUACCUUGCGAUUAACACCGAACGAGUUGUGCUUCAGUGUCGGCGAUGAUCGUGCAGCAAUGAUUUGGGCAGAAUUAAUUCAAACCCAUUUCUUUACUGAAUAUAUUAUGAAUGGAGUAUCUGAAGAGCAGAAUGAAAUUUAUUUAGAAUUCGAUCCUACUAUGCUCGGUAGAUCUCUAACUUCUCUACGAAUGACUGCGAAAAGUGUGAAAAUCAAACUAACAAAUAAGCGACAACCGUGUCUUACAAUAGAAAUUGAAUUACCUUCGUUAAGCAUAGAAUCAAGACAAUGUUUGCAUGAUGUACCUGUCAGGGUUAUACCACGACGCGAAUGGGCAGAGCAUCAAGCACCAAAUAUUCCCGAAUUUGAUAUUUCAGUUGAUAUGCCACAGCUUAAAUAUAUAAGAAAUAUCGUGGAAAGAAUGAAAAAUAUGAGUCAAUGGUUAACGUUAAGUGCUGAUAAUACUGGCACUCUUGUCUUGAAGAUUGAUAAUGAUAGCGCCACAGUAUCUACACAUUUUCAAGAUUUGCAAAUUUGGAGUUGCAGUCAACAAAAUCGGGAAGAUAAAGUAUCUGCAACCAUAGAUAUUAAAAAGUUCUUAAUGUUUUUGGCCUGGGACAUCGUACAUCCCGAUGGCGUGAAAUGUAAUAUACUUCAAGAUAGAAUGAUUAAUUUGUUCUUACAUUUAGCAGAUUAUCUUAAAAUACAUUAUUUCCUGCCUUCCGUAGCUAUUUGA